CUCUCGGAGCGGAUCAGUAAUAACUAGACAUGGCGGUUUUGGUGGACGGCCGUCAAUAUGGUCUGUCUUCACAAGGAAAUUUGACGGACAAUAAGAGUUAUUUGUUUGUGAAGCUUACGGACUCGGCAUUAAAGGCGAUUGAAGACCAUGUGAGGACUGGGGGUCGGUCGUCCAUCAACUUCGACAAGAAUGGCGGGAAAAUCGCCUUCGACGGCGGCGCGCAGUUCAAAUUCAGCAUAUCGGCCAACCCAGACCAGGGCAGCUUCGAGUGUCUCCAGCAGAAUGGCAGCCGCCUGGAAUCUCUGGGCGCUAUGGCCCACAAGGUUCGGGUGCAGGCCAACGAUGACGUGUACGAGACCACCCGACAACGAAUGGCCGAGGUGGAGGAGGCCAGCAUGAAGAACUGCACGCGGAUGAUCAAACAGGGUGACCCGUUCAUCGGCCGCCGGGUGAAGGUGAAGGCGGGGCCCGGUCGGCCGGUGGCGCCGGCCGGCCGUCGGCCCGACCCGCUGCCGCACCGGUCACCUACCAUGCAGCCGCGCCAGCCGCCGGCCUCCGCGCCGCCGCCGCCGUCCGCUCCGGGCCGGCCCGCGGCCCUCUCCGGUCGGCCCGGAGCGCCCGCCGGCCGGCCCGCCCCGGGCACUGCGCCCGGACGGCCCGCCACCGCCUCUGCCGGCGGCGGCGGCGGCGGGCCCGCCUCCUCCGACGUGAUGCGCCGUCCUCUCAAAGAGAGGCUCGCACAUCUGUUGGCAACACGACCGCGCAAAAAGGUGGAAGUUAUGCAAAAACUGUACAAAGACGGUAUCCGGGAGAAGGACAAGAAGAACGUGCACGGCCUGCUCGGCUCGGUGGCCACGCUACGCGACAACGUCUACUACCUGAAGCGGCAUUGCUGGAACGACGUCUCGCAAGACUGGCCGUUCUACACGGAGCAGGAGCGGCGUGACUUCGCCGCCCACCGGCCCGAGAACCUGACGCCGCCCAGCAGCGACUCGAGCAGCGGACGGUCGCCGGCCGGGAAGCGCCCGUCACCGUCCGGUGCUGACCCUCCGGCCGGCUCGGCCGCUGCCGCCGCCGCCGCCAAGCGCCAGCGGGUGUCGCACUACAAGCGGCCUGGAGAGGCGGCCCCGGGACCGGGCAGGCCGCGAGCGGCGGACGCCGCUGGGUCCGAGCGGCGCAACACGGGCCCGCAGUACGACUGGAACAAGACGGCCGCCCAGUCGCCGAGCUCGACGGGUGUCAGCGACCGCACGCCGACACCCGACUCGUCUCCUGACAGCCGCCACUCGGGCUCGUCGGCGACGCGGGAGGAGGAGCCCGACUACGUCAGUCAAUACGUUCCAAUCACGUCCGAGCAGCAACUGCAGCGGUACAAGGCCGACUUCGAGGCGGGCUACGCCGAGUACCAGCGGCUCUGGGAGCUGGUGGGUACUGUGUACCGCAAGUUUGCCGACCUGGAGCAGCAGCUGAGAGCCGCCGAGGAGGGCUCCGAACAGUGGAGGGGCAUCGAGCGCGCCAUUCGCGACGAGUACGAGGCGUGCAACAACGAGGAAUACAAGGCGGCUCGCCGGCGCUGGUUCUACCUACAGAACAAGCUGCAGUACGUCAAGGCACUGGUGCGGCGAUGGCAGGCAGAACGGUAGUGGGCCGCGCGCGCGCACGAGCACCCCUCGCUCUGUGCCGCCGCCAACGCUGUGUGUACAUAGACAGAUGCAGCUUUAUCGAAAUAGCCCGGUUGAACGGCGCUGCGGGCGCGCCAGGCCGCGGGCGCGGCGCGGCGGCCGGCGCUCGGGUGGCCGGCCGCGCCGCCGGCGUCCCGCGGCCGGCCGCCGUAUUUAUAUCGGAGGAUGAUGCCACACCACUGAAGAUCUUAGCGGCCGAUCUGCGCAGGCCGGGCCAGCGGCCACCGCACGCGGCCGGCCGCGCCGCGCCGCGAGUUCCUAGGCGCGCCCGGCCGGACGCACCGACCCGACGACCCGCACCGACUGACCGCGCCGUGACGCGCGCGACGGACGCGACGCCCGCUCAGGGCCGACGGACGAGUGACGGUGGGCAGACCGUCGACUGGACGCUGAGACGCUUCUGACGGGCGGCGGCGGGCCGCGCGCCGCCGCGCCGCCCCCCGUCUCCCUGUCCGUCUGUAUGUGUGUCUGUGUCCGUGUGUGUGAGGUGUGCGGAGCGGGUGUGUCCGGGGCCGCGCCUCCCUCCCGUCUGAUCGUCCGAGCUUUCACCUGUUGUCGCACGGCCGGGCCAAAUCAAAACCGGGCGCUGGCGGCGGCGGGCGGCGGAGGGCUGCAGCCCCCGCCCCCACCCCCGCCGCCGCCCGGGCCUGCCGCUCGGGACUCCGCCAACGCGGGCUGUUUGCGUAGCCUCUUACGGGUGUUACUUGUGUAUGGUUUGCUCAAUGGCCGGGCCGACGGGUCCGGUGGCCGGGAGGCGGGCCGCCGCUCGGCACCGAUCCCUGUCCAGUGCCUAGUCUGUCUAGUCUGGUGGCCGGCCCGCAGUCUGUCCCAGUCGGGUGCCAGACCGGUGGAGCGGGACCGGCUGUCCCCCGGGAGUGACCGUCCCGAGUCCGCGCGGCCCCUCUGACCGACCGGGGCUGCCCUGGGUGUCCGGGGACGGGACGGGAUGGGAGAGAGAGUGGCGGAGCGGGUAGAGGGCCCCCGGGUGAUUGAGCGGGCGGCGGGCUGCCGGCGCCUACUGGUUGUGACCCAUCCGAUUCCUCUAUGUGACGACCUAAAUAUGAUAUCUGCCUGUUGUUUUUAUAUCAAUAAACAUGCAUACUCGUUUGUGUUGUUUGGGCGGUGAUGGGGCCGCUGUGUCUGUCAGUGUUUGUGUGUCUGUGCGUGUGCCGCCCAUCCCGUCCCCUCCCCUCCCGUCCCUUAUCGUCCCCCGAGCCCCGUCCCCCUCAUGUCCCGUGCUUCCGCGGUGGAGGAAUCUCCUCUUCAGGUCGUCUCGGCGGCCGACCUUUCAACGAAAAGUACAAAAUCCUGGCGCCGCUCCGCCCGCAUGACGCCUUUCUCAGCUGGCCUGCACUGACUGACGCGCGCGCUGACCUCGAACGUGACGUGGACGUGGACGUGGACGAGACGUGGACAGGACGUGACGGACGUGAUGCAGAGCUCCGGGCCGGGCGAGGGCUCGCGGCCGCGCGGCCGCCGCCCCCAUUGUGAUACCCCUAACGACCUUCCGCCGGAUACAGACCAGAAGCGCUCGCCACUCGUCCCUGUAGAUAUGUCUUAUGCUCUGUCCGCGCCGUCGUCGUCGCGUCUUCACGUCUAUCCGGUGGCCAAAUGGAAAAGCCAAUGUGAGUGACACACAGGAGGGUAGAGUAAUUUAUCGGAGCAGUGGCGACCGGUACGUGGCGGCGCCGUAUCUCACAAAACAUGAUAAAAACAGUCGUGUCUGUCGGUCUCCUGAGGCGUCCGUUCGGGAAUUGCGGUGACCUGUUUGUGUGCGUGUGUGUGUGCGCGUGUGCGCGGGGAAUUCCAGUGCGCCGGCGCGCCGGCCGGGCGGCCGCCGUCGGCGCGCGAGCGCCACUCUUCCCGUCCCCCGUUCAGUGCCAUGACGUGUGUGAGGUGCGUGCGGCGGGCCGCGCCCGAGCCGAGAACGGCCGGCGGGCCGCCAGCAGAGGGAGGAGCGCGAGAGAGCGCGAGAGCUGGAUGGAGCAGCGCUGCCGAGUCGCAGCCACUUGAAUUGUCUUUCUGCGGACCGCUAGUCCGCCCGUCUCAAUGCGGCCCGAUUCCGGCACAACCAAAUCUCUGAGCGUCCAUUGUUGAUACCGCUCCGUAUUCGUUGGAGAGUCUGUGGGAUUGGCUGCCCUCUGCCCAGCGGCGGGCGCUGGUAACCGAAGUUGAUUUUCUCGUUGAGAGAUGGCGCUGCACUCAGUUUUGCCUGGCGGCUGCCCGGCUGGCCGCUCCCCCACGGCGAGCAGGGAUGACACGGCGUCGGAGGUAUCCCGCGUGUGAUGCAAACAUUCGACAAAAUAAAACUGUAUUGCAUGCAA